UAGGUGUGCGUUCCGUUGACUUGAUGCCGGUCUGCGGUAACAACAGGCACCGAUUCCUCUGGAAAUACCUGCCCACUGCGGCCUUUUCCAGCCGUUAGGCCGCCUAUAAUGAGAGCCGAUAGGAUCUAACGGAGCCACGGGGCGUGAAGAAGGUAUUUGUAAACAUGCUCACUCAACCACUGACGCUGAACAAGAGUGAUGCCAGGGGGCGUGGUCUCGUCAACCUGACCCCUCCCCCUUCACUCCCAUUGGUGGAUGAUGACGAAGCCGCACAAACAGAUCCUCCAUUUAGCUCCUCUUCUUCCUCACCUUCUCCUCUACCUCUUUGUGCACUCCCUUCCUCCUCAGCUCCUCCAUGGAGCUCUUUUUCCUCCUUACCUUCCUCUCCUCCUCCCCCUCCUCUACCUCUCUGUGUCCUCCCUUACUCCUCAGCUCCCCCAUGCAUCUCCUCCAUCCUCUCACCUUCCUCUCCUCCUCUACCUCUUUGUGUCCUCCCUUCCUCCUCUGAUCCUUCUGUUACACCUCCUCUCUCCCUUCUCUCCUCUCCUCCACCAUAUACUUCUCUUCCUUCUUUCUCCUCUACAACUCUUUAUGCUUCUUCCCCUCCUGCGUCCCUUCUUUGUCCUCCUUCAUCUUCUGUCCUUCCUUCUCUUAUUUCCUCUGCUCUCUCCACUGGUCCUCCUCCUUCCUCUCCUCUUGUCCCUCCAUCCCUCAUACCUCUGCCUCCUGCUGCUCCUUCUGUCUCCUCAUCUGUUUUGAAUUCACAGUCUCCUUGUGUGGUUCCUUCUCUUCUCCAUCCUUCUGGUUUUGGUUCUUCACCCUCCACUAAACCUCCUGCUCCUUCUUCCCUUUUGUCUUCUCUCUGUUCAUUCCCCCGUCCUUCACCUCCAUCUUUGACUUGUCCUCCAGAUAUCCGGACCCCCCCUGCUUCUAUCUUUUCUUCUUCAGUGCUUCCUCCGCGUUCUUCAGUUCCUCCUCACAACGCUUCUCCUCAUGUUUCUCCUUCCCCUGUCCUUUUAACUCAUCGUGCUUCGGCUAUUUGUUCUCCUCCUGUUCACAUUUCUCUUGCUCCUCCAGUUUCCUCUCUUCUUUCUCAUUCUUCUCCUUCAGUUUCUCCUCUUCCUCCCGCUCCACAAGUUUCUGCUCCUCCUCGAGUUUUUUCUCUUUCUCCUUCUGUUGCGCCAUUUCCUUCUUAUCCUGUAGCUCAGUCUCUUCCUUCUCCCAUAGCUCCUCCUCUCUGCUGCCCUUGCUCCUCCCUCCUGCCCCGCCUCCUCUCAGCUCACCGGCGGGAAGUGCGGCGCCUCCUGCGAGGAGCUUUGGCCUCCAUUGGUCGUCGCCUGGACUCCUUAGAGAGAAACAGCAGGAUGAAGAGGAGGAAGAAGAAGAGGGGCAGGCAGAAAGCAGAAGGGGGAGGAGCAUCCUGUUCUCCUGGUGUUCGUGCAUUAAACCCCGCCCCACCGACUAGCCCCGCCCACCACCCAGCUGUUACCACCUCCCCUUCAUCAUCUUCAUCUGACAGCAGAGACUCACCAGAACCUCCUCUUCCCUCUAGUUUGAGCAGGAGGAGGAGCAGAGUUGAGGAGCAGGAGGAGGAGGGGGGGAGGUUAAAGAAAAGGAGGAAGAACCACAGAGGAAGAGACAUUUGUACUCUUCCAGAAAACAGAGAAGAAGAUGAAGACGUCCACAGGUUUGUGGGGCGGAUGGCGUUCUCCUUCAGAGGAGGAGCAGAGGAGGAGGAGGCGCUGCUCACUCUGCACAGAUUCAACCACAGAAAACACAGAAGAAGACAAAUGGAAGGAGCCGGCCAAUCAGAGAAAGGCGUCAGUGUCGCCAGGCAGAAUGGAUACACAGCUACAAUACCCAGCUCCUCUUCCCAUCAUGCAUUGCAACUCCUCCAGUUGGCCCGGAGUGAUCGGACCUGCAGCCAAUCAGAAGCCCCGUACAUCUCUCCAGGCCAAUGGCGUUUCUCGGACUUUGCCGCUCCGCUCUCCCUCUCCUCCAAUCACGGGGCCUUCAGCAUAUGGCGCUUGUCUCUUAGCUCCUUUAACCCCGCCCCCAUGCUGCGGCUAUCGGUGUUCGCUGUGGAGAGCGUGUCAGAGGCUGUGAGGGGCGGAGCUUUAAUUAGUCUCCCGCGGAGCCUGAAAGACUUCGCAGUCCCGCCCAGUCUGAGCACCGACCACUGUUAUGUUCGAACGCCUACGCAAAGCCAAGCGUUUCCUGCGCGGCGACAGCAGAAGCAACGAGCCAAUCACAGCACCAGUAGCCUCCACCGCCCACAGCGACGGCCCCUCCCCCUCUGUCCAGCCAAUGGGCUGUCUGCUGCUGUCGGCCAAUCAGAAACGGGCUCUGCGUUUCUCGGCACAAACAGAGAGCGAUGUAAACGAGUCUCACAGAUACGAAUCCGCCGGGCAUCGCCGCGGGAAACGCUGCUCACUCCCAUGGGACUUCCAAAGGUCAAAAGGUCAAAGAAGAAGGAGUUCAGUCUGGAGGAGAUUUACACCAACAAGAACUACAAAUCCCCCACAACAAACAGAAGUCUGGAGACGAUCUUUGAGGAGCCGCGGGAAAAAAACGGUGCGCUGCUCCUGAUUGGCCAGCAGCGAAGACGCAGGCUCCUCCUCUUCCCUGACUUCACUUUGCCCAGGAAGAGGAAGAGGCCACAAGGGGCAGGCCUUCCUGUUGCCAUGGUUCCCCGGAAACGGGUGGCGGCCCGCCGACUUUGCCAUGGCAACGGCCCUGUUGACGACGACGCGGACUUGGACGUGAUGCUCGUGGAGAGACUGAGUGCGUUGGAGGACUUCCUGACCCGCCAGGGCCUGGAGGUGUGAGCUGUGACAUCACUUCCUCUCAGCUGGUCAUUGGCCAAAUAAAAUUGAGCUGCUAGAACACUACCGCUGCGUUACCACGGUAACGCCAUCAGAAAAUCUGACGAGUGUAGCUUGUUUUUACUUCUUUUCAUUUUUCUAAACUGUUUAAAUGUGCUUUUUCAGAAAUAUUUAAUUUCACUAGUUUUUUAAACAAUGACCUGUUGGGAGGCCACACCCACAGGGGGCUUUGUUUUUAUUUUACAUUUUUUGUGUUUGGUAAAAUAUAAAUAUUUCACACCUGUUCUUUUUAGUACUUUAGUGUAAUAUAUAUAUAUAUAUAUAUAUAUAUAAUUUCUGCUGAAAAUGUGUAUUUUUGGAACAGAUAAAAGUGUUUCUGCUCACUGAA